GCGUGGACAGUCCUCGCUCGCAGCCAGUCAAGCGCAGUCAAUUGUCGGGUUCAGUGUGGAAACGGGCGCCUCAGGAACUUAACGACAACGGGAUUAUAGCAGCUAUUCUUCAAAUUAAAUAAAUCGACAUGCGACAGUUAUUUGUAAUUGGUGUGCUGACGGUGCUCCUGCUGGGGCUCUCCCACAGCCAGGCCGAUCUGCUGGACUGCGAGGAGAAGGUGCCCGCCGUGCUGUCCGAGAUCGGGGACAAGUUCUCGGAGAUGACGGGCAGCAGCAGCAGCUCGGAGCAUGAGGUGCGCGACUUCUUCAAGAGCGUCGGCUGCCAGAUCAAGAAGGGCGCCAAGAAGCUGGGCGAGAGGGCCAAGGAUCUUGGCUCCGACAUCAAGGAGGGCGCCAAGAAGCUGGGCGAGCGCGCCAAGGACCUGGGCAGCGACAUCAGCGAUCGCAUCGCCGACUUCCGUGACAAGCUGUCCAAGGACUCGGCCGAGGACAUGAGCAAAGAUCGCGGCUUCCUGGCCAACGUCGAGAUCAUCAAUCCGGACCUGCUCAAGGGCGAGCAGCAGUGCGGACACGGACACAUCCUGGACGCCUUGGGCAACUGCAGCAAGUUAAGGAAGUAAAUCAGCCGCUCGAAGUCGAUGCUUCUUCUUUUUUUUUUUGUGUGUUU